AUGCUCAGGUUUCAGGAGGUGGAGUCUGGCGGUGGCAGCGGUGAUGGUGGUGACGGCGGCCUGGUUGCUAAGCGAUACAGAGUCCUGCAAAGUCUUGGCCGAGGCAGUUUUGGUUCAGUUUAUCUGGUUCAGGACACCAAAGCUACAGACGAAGAAGAGCUGAAGGUGUUGAAGCAGAUUCCUCUCGGCGACCUUCGACCUGACGAGACGGUCCGAGCCAAUCAGGAAGCCCAGCUGCUGUCUCAGCUGCAGCAUCCGGCCAUCGUCAGCUUCCACCACAGCUUCCUGGAGAGAGACAACUUCUGCAUCAUCACUGAGUACUGCCAGGAUCGGGACCUGGACUGUAAACUGGAGGAGGUGAGACAAGCUGGGCGGAGCCUCCCUGAAAUCCAGGUCAUUGAUUGGCUCAUCCAGCUGCUGCUCGGCCUUCACUACAUGCAUGACAGGAGGAUCCUCCACCGAGAUCUGAAGGCCAAGAACGUCUUCCUGAAACGAAACCUCGUUAAAAUCGGUGAUUUUGGCGUUUCCUGUCUGCUGAUGGGAUCAUGUGACCUGGCCACCACCUUCACAGGGACUCCGUACUACAUGAGCCCCGAGGUGCUGAACCACCACGGCUACGACUCCAAGUCUGACAUCUGGGCUCUGGGUUGCCUCCUCUAUGAGAUGUGCUGUCUGUCUCACGCCUUCCACGCUCCUAACUUCCUGUCAGUGGUGAUGAAGAUCGUUGAAGGAGAAACCCCAACGCUGCCCCUCACCUACUCUACACACCUCAACUCUGUCAUGCAGAGGAUGCUGCAGAAACAACCUUCAUCCAGACCGUCAGCAGCAGAACUUCUCAGGAACAAGUUCAUGGAGGAAAACAUGCAGAAACUGAAGGAUCGUUUUGUCUUCGUUUCGUCUGAAGGAGAAAAAGACGCUGAACUCAUCGCUGAGAAAAUGAAAACGAAGGUUCACCUGCAGACGCUGAGGGAGAGGUCAGAGGUUGAGAAGAUGACACCGAGAGAGAGAAUGAGGCUCCGAAAAAUGCAGACUGCUGAUGAGACGGCAGAGACUGAGUUGGCGGAGGAGAAGUACGAGGAGAUCCACGCUCGCAGGAGAGAACUGAUCAGCCUGAACGUUCUUCACGAGAGCAGAGAGGGCGGUGCUUGUCAGAGUCAGCCAAUCAGCAGCCAGGAUCACUGGUCAGCUGGAGGCUCACAGCCAAUCGAGCUGCAGGGUGAGUCCACUAGUCCAUCACCAGUCCACCAGGCUUUGUCCCAGUUUAGUUGGUGCCUGGCGAAUGUCCUGAGGGAGCGAAUUCCAAAGUGUAGGAGCUACCACACUGAAAGCUCGGCUCCCAAAGGUUUGCCUUCUGGUGCGGGGGAUGGACAGGAGGCCCAACUCAGUGACCUGCAGGCCAUGAUGAAGCACAUGCAGAAAGUUCUGGAAGGAGAUCUGAGCGGAGACCCUGAGGAGCCCGAGACCCCUAAGAACCAGCACGGGCCCCCGAUCAUCAACUGCAGCCUGCUGGAGACCCGAGUCCACCGCCUGAGACAGUCUGUCUGUCAGCGUUUGGGUUCAGAGGCCUUCAAAGAGCUUUAUGAGAACCUGAAGGAGUCAAGGAGGCUGCAGAAGGAGGAGGGGGAGCGGGAUGUGGGGGGCAGGGGGGGCGAGGGUCUGGUGGACGAACAGGAAGUUGGUCUCCAGGUGGAUCAGCUGCUGUUUUAUGAGGAAGAGCUGCAGAGAGUGAGACAGCUGCAGGUGGACACAGCUGUCUGA